CAAUCGGAAGUGAGUAUUUUUCGCGCUGGUCGGCUCCGGAGUUUGAGUUUCCCGCAAGCUUUUUUCACUCGUCUUGAAUGAAAUGAUUCGCUUUCCAGGAUGAAAACGAACAUUUUCUCCCUUUAACCACACCAGAGGAUAUUCGACAGAUCGGUGAGCCUGGACAGGUUAGAUGGGAUGGACAGCAUCGGUAGCUCACUGCCUGCGAUGCCUGAACCAGCCAACCCCAUCAGCAUGAAGCAGCCGCCUGAGUCCUUGAGUGUUCGUAAAGGCCGGGGGGACAUGGGCAGCGACCCAACACUGCUGAUGGAUAAAGCCGCCGCACAGCUCGCUGCUACACUACAGGAUGGUGUCCUCCAGAAGAUGACAGGCCACAAUCAUAACCAUAACCACGAGAGGCUGAAAGACCUCACCUCCCUGGUGCUAAACGGUGACCAAGACACUCUGCCCAAUGUUUGUACUCCAGAACCAUCGAUGCUGAAAGGUGACGAAGCCCCCGCUACCAACGAUGCCCAUCAGCACAACUGCACACCUCACGCUGAACGAGAGUCGAAGGUGACCAUCCCUCAGGUGGUGGAUCAGCCACUGUUCGAACCAAAUGGAACCAGCUUGGUCACAGCUACUGAAAGCGCUUUACCUGGAGCUGAAGACCGACAGGAAGUGAAGAAGAGGAGGGGGAGACCCAACAAACCCAAACCUACCAUAAACUGUAGUUCCUCCAUCAUCGCUGUAGAGCCGCUUGACUGUCCAGAGGUUACUGAAGAUAUGGAAGCAGAACAAGAGGUGGGGGCUAUUCCUGCUCUUCAGCCUAUAAUACAACCUCUUCAGCCCGUAUUGGGAACUCUUCAGCCUAUAUCAGAACCCCUUCAGCCGGUAACAGAACUUCUGCAGCCGGUGUCGGAACCUCUUCGACCUGUAUCCGAUCCUCUCCAACCCGUAUCCGAUCCUAUCCAACCCGUAUCCAAUCCUAUCCAGCCCGUAUUCGAUCCUCUCCAACCCGUAUCCGAUCCUCUCCAGCCCGUAUCCGAUCCUCUCCAGCCCGUAUUCGAUCCUAUCCAACCCGUAUCCGAUCCUCUCCAGCCCGUAUCCGAUCCUCUCCAGCCCGUAUCCAGUCCUCUCCAGCCCGUAUCGGAUCCUUCCCAGCCUGUAUCGGGAUCUCUCCAGCCCGUAUCAGAUCCUCUUCCGCCCAUGUCGGAUCCUCUUCAGCCCGUAUUGGAACCAAUGAGGCCAGUGAAAGAGGAGCCUCAUCCGUCUGUACGUUUCUCUGUUGGUGAUCUGGUUUGGACCAAGGUGUCAGGGUACCCAUGGUGGCCCUGCAUGGUAACCACAGACGCUGAACUCAACAGCCACUUCAAACCGAAACAAAAGGCCACCAGCAGCAGGUUAGGGCACCUUUACCACAUCCAGUAUUUUGGUGAUGCUCCGGAAAGAGGCUUCGUCUUUGAGAAGAAUAUGGUGUCCUUUGCUGGGGAGGAGCAGUAUCUUGAGCUCAACCAGAGAAAGAAGCUUCCAGCCACCACUGCAACCCGUAGAAAGAGGGUUACUUCCGUGCCACGCAACCUCCAGGCUCAGUGGAAGAUUGGUGUAAUACAGGCCAAAGAAGCCCUCAGCAUGUCACCGGACAAACGCAUAGAGAAUUUUGGAUUUAUUUACGAUGCCGAUGGACCUCAUCUAAACCCUCUCAUUGCUGAAAAGUUAAAGGAAGAUCCGACCAGCGAGAUGUGCCAAGAGACAGAAUCCAGGCUUAGCCAAGAUGCCCCCUCGGUGCCGAAUCCCUUAGCUUUCCCUCCGGGUGCACAAACUGAAGCAUUUGAACCACGGAAGAAAAAGAGACAGCCCAAAACAGCCCGACGGGCUCCGAAGUUGGGAAGAAGGAAGAGGACAUCUCCGGUGAACAGGGUUCUUAACCCUACAAGGAGAAGGAAAGCAAAGCUGGUUGCUUCCACUGAGGACUCUGAAGACGCCUCGAUUCAGGUUUCUGCUCCAGGGAGAAGAGAACCAAAAAAGAGGCCUAAAAGACCACUGACGGAGGCCGGGGUGGACAAGGAUCAACAGCCUAAAAAGAGACGUAGAACCGUGAAGAAAGCAGAAAAACAGGUCUUGGUGUCAGACGAGACAAACAAAAAGCGGAGAAGAAAGAAGAAAAUCGACAUCAAAAAUCUUAAGGAACCGAGAAAACGAACUAAAAAGUCAAAAGAUGAGGCAAACUUGGAGAAACCAAAGCGGCGUAGGAAAAGAAAGCAGGAUGGGGAGAGCCAGGCUGCAGCCUCUAAGGCCAAGAAGAGGAGGUCGUCUCCCUGUCCGGACACCGAGGGCUCUGCAAGCGAAGAACGGCCUGAUUCCCCGAGUGACAGCUUAGACGGGAUCAAGAAGGGAGAACGGAAGAAAGAGUCCGUCUGUCAGAUCUGUGAGGUGGCUGGUGAGGACUUGGUUCCAUGUGAAGGCCAGUGCUGCGGCAUGUUUCACCUCCACUGUCUCGGCCUCACCCUGAAACCCGACAACAAGCUCCUCUGCCAGGAGUGCAUCACAGGGCUCCACUCCUGUUUCAUCUGCAAGCAGCCUGGCGCCGAGGUCCGCCGCUGCCACGUCCCUCACUGUGGCAAGUUUUACCAUGAGGGCUGCGUCCGCCUCAACCCGCUCACUGUGUUUGAUAACAAAGGCUUCCGCUGCCCUCUUCACACCUGCCUUAGCUGCCACUAUGGCUGCCGCACCAAACACAAGGCUACCAAGGGAAGGUUGAUGCGUUGCCUUCGGUGCCCCGUGGCGUACCAUGUGGGCGACCUGUGUGUUGCUGCUGGAAGCGAAACCAUCACAAACUCGGCCAUCAUCUGCACCAACCACUUUAACGCCAAGAAGGGCUACAGCCACCACAGCCACGUCAACGUCAGCUGGUGCUUCGUGUGCUCCAAAGGAGGACAGCUGCUGUGCUGUGAGUCGUGUCCUGCAGCUUUUCACCCCGACUGCCUGAACAUCGCCAUGCCUGAUGGCAGCUGGUUCUGUAACGACUGCCGAGCCGGGAAGAAACCAAAGUACAGAGACAUCAUAUGGGUCAAACUGGGGACAUACAGAUGGUGGCCAGCAGAGAUCCACCACCCUAAGAACGUUCCCACAAACAUCCAGCACCUCAAACAUGAGAUCGGAGAGUUCCCCGUGUUCUUCUUCGGCUCCAAGGAUUACUUCUGGACCCACCAGGGUCGAGUGUUUCCCUACAUGGAAGGUGACAGAGGUAGCAAAUACCAGAAGAAUGGAAUCGGCAAAGUCUUUAAGAAUGCUCUGUCUGAGGCUGAGGCUCGCUUUAAGGAGAUGAAGAUGAAACGAGAAGCCAAGGAGGCACAGGAGAACAGCCGGAAACCGCCCCCAUAUAAGUUCAUCAAGGUCAACAAGCCUUUUGGCAAAGUCCAGGUCUACACUGCAGACAUCUCUGAGAUCCCCAAGUGCAACUGCAAGCCUGCAGACGAUCGUCCGUGCGGCUUCGAGUCUGAAUGCCUGAACCGCAUGCUGCAGUACGAGUGUCACCCCCAGGUGUGUCCCAGCGGGGAGCGCUGCUGUAACCAAGACUUCACCAAGCGCCUUUACCCGGACACCAAGAUCAUCAAGACCCCUGGAAAAGGCUGGGGCCUGAUAGCUCUGAGAGACAUCAAGAAGGGUGAGUUUGUCAACGAGUACAUCGGAGAGCUGAUUGACGAGGAGGAGUGCAGGGCGAGAAUCAAGUACGCCCAUGAAAACAACAUCACCGACUUCUACAUGCUCACCAUCGAUAAGGACCGAAUCAUCGACGCAGGUCCGAAAGGAAACUACUCUCGGUUCAUGAACCACAGCUGUCAGCCCAACUGUGAGACUCAGAAAUGGACGGUCAACGGAGACACUCGUGUUGGCUUGUUUGCAGUCUGCGACAUACCGGCAGGAACAGAGCUAACGUUCAACUAUAACCUGGACUGCCUCGGUAAUGAGAAGACCAUCUGUCGCUGCGGGGCUCCCAACUGCAGCGGCUUUCUUGGUGAUCGACCGAAGAAUUCAAACGGUCACACGGAGCCAAAAGGGAAGCGGUUAAGGAGGAAGUAUAGGAGGAGGAAAAGUGAGGGAAAGAAAAAGUCUGAAGACGAGUGUUUUCGCUGCGGUGAUGGAGGACAGCUGGUGCUCUGCGACAAGAAGAACUGCACCAAAGCUUAUCACCUGUCCUGCCUAAACCUCACCAAGAGACCCUUCGGCCGCUGGGACUGCCCCUGGCAUCACUGCGACAUAUGUGGGAAAAACUCUGAGGCCUUCUGUCAGCUCUGCCCCAACUCCUUCUGCAGGGCUCACCAGGAGGGGGCGCUGCGUCCCUGGCCCCCAACAGGAGAGCUGUGCUGUUCCGAGCAUGAGGAAACUGAGGGAACCUCCACCCCGGCUCGGAUUGUUAACUCUGAGACAAACGCCACAGCGGGCGGCCGUUCUAAAGGCUGCAGGAAGCCUGAUGGAGCGGAGAGCAAAACCGAAGGCUCCAAGAGGAAAACAACAGACGCCUGAAAUGACAUACAGAGAGAUGGACGCCUUCUCCACAGAAACCGAGGCACUGUAUGUAAUCAUAAUCAGGGAAAGGUGCUGACCUCUCACACUCAGCAGUGAUCUUUAGCUUCCAUGUUCAUUUUUUUUUAAAUCUUUAAAUAUUUUCAGGUUUUCUUGUACUAGUCUGCACUGAGAUGUCCAUCUGUGGUAAAGCACAAAUCAGCAAAGCGACAACUGCUGACUUUCUACCAGCCAAACAUUAUCUGUUACUCGAUUGUCAGAAAGGCAAAGCAAACUAUUUCUGAAAGCUGAUCCACAUGGCAGAUAGGAUCUCAGUCCAUGCCCUUUCAGAGUUCUAUUAGUUAUAUAUCUAUGUUUAUAUCAGACAUACCAAAAUGGUGGUUACUGUAAUAUAGUAAGACACCAGACAGGUUGCCAACGGAUAGUUGUUUUUGUUUUUAUUUUCAUUUUUAGAUAUACUCUAUAUGUUCCAGAUGUAACAUGAAACAGCAGGACACUAUGGAUGGGCCUCUGGAGUUCUUUGUGUAGCCAUAGAUCACAUGUACGUGUAGAAAUAUUUGUUUAUUUACCACCUGCUGUUUUGUUUUAGCUCAGUUUUUUAUUUUAUUUUAAUAUUUUGUUUUAAUAACAGCACUGGAAAAAAAAUCCUUUCCAGAAUAGCAGGGAUUACGGAUUAUAAUGAAGAAAAGUCCUGUUAAACUGGUCUGAAACAAACACACUACAGGGAGGUUGAUUAUGGGAUGUCAGAACCCAAGGUGCUUUACAUCGUUCUGUGUCUUUAAAAUGAGGUAGAGGAUCUUUAUUUUUUAUCUUGCCGCCAACUUUGACCGGGAGUUCUGCUGAUUUCGUAAGUUCUCGAUCUUCUGUUAUUUUUGUUUUUCCUCAGGAGGUUUUGGUCUCAAAUUGUCACUCUGUUUACUGUUGGAUAGUGAAACACUGGCCCCUCAGGCUGAUGCUGUUUAUCAUCGAAUUAUGACGUUUCUCCUGAUUUUCUAACUUGAAAUAAUAGAACCUUUACGCACACUAUGGGUUUCACUCAUUUCUGUCCCAGCUUCACUUUGAGCCACUUCCUGUUUUCAGGGCGUCAGGUUGUGAACCUGUGUGACCCGGUGUGCUGACAGGUACCAGCCCAAAGCAGAACACGACCUUCUAAGGUCCAUAUAGAUCUAAAGCAGAGAGAAAAUCAGAUAAAACAUGUUUUUUUCAGGAUGUUAAUCAUUUAGAACUUAAAGUUUUUAUUAAUCGAAUGCGGGAUUAGAUGAGCUGGGAUUUAAUCACAUGGUGCUGCAAUCCCCCCUUUACCUACCUCCUUGUCAAUGUGAACUUCUGCAGCACCGGCCCAUCACUGGCCUGGGGAAAAAGGGGGAGGGGCUAAAUGUUUUCCAAAAUGAGAACAGAACAAAGUUUUGUGGAGCAGAAUGUUUCCCCGCCACUGCGAGUCUUUGAAGGGAAACAAAGCGGGCGCUUUGCUGAGAGUUCUGCUGAUUGGACGCCUUCAAACCACUGCUUCACAUCGUUAAGUGCACAUUAUGUCAUGUUUAAUAUCUCAAAAAUACUUAAGAAUUUUGAUGAGCUAAUUUUAUGGGCAUUCCCCCUUCUGCUUCCCAGAUUUCUAAUCUUUUUGAAUGGCUGCACCUUUU